UCAGGGUGACUCAGCAAAACAGGAAGAAGGAAGUGCUCACUGUUAGGCAAACAGUCCAGCUCAGGACAACAGCUGCCAGGGGAAAAGCAGGUCAGCAUGGCGGGCAGGCUCUCUCUGGCCGAGGUGGACCUCACCUGCUCCAUAUGCUGUGACAUCUUCAGGGACCCGGUGGUGCUCAAAUGCAGCCACAGCUUCUGCUCGCCCUGCCUGCAGCAGUACUGGACCCAGAAGGUCCAAAAGCGGGACUGCCCUCUGUGCAGAACCCAGAGCCUGGAUGACCCGGUGCCCAGCCUGACCCUGAAGACCCUGUGUGAGUCGUGUGUGAUGGAGGAGGAGGAGGACGAGGCUGCCGAGGAAACGGGACAGGAUCUGUACUGUGAGCCGAGUGAGCUUUGCCCUGUUCACGGGGAGAGGCUUAAGCUUUACUGUCAGCAGGACAAGGAGCCCAUCUGUGUGGUCUGCCAUACCUCAAAGAAACACAAGCGACACGAUUGUUGCCCUGUCAGCGAGGCAGUGGUGGAUGCAAAGGAGAAAAUGAAGUCUGCUCUCAGCUCCUUGCAGGAGAAGAGGGACACAUUUGACAAAAUGAAGAAAAACUACGAGGAUACGGUGGCACACAUUCAGGCCCAGGCUCGGUUUGUGGAGAGGCGAACCCAUGAGGAGUUCGAAAAACUCCACAGAUUCCUUCAGGACGAAGAGGAAUCCAGGAUGAAUGCGCUGAGGAGGGACGAAGAGCAGAAGAGCGCUGAGAUGAGACAGAAAAUCGAAGAGAUGGAGAGAAACAUUUCAUCUUUGUCUGAAACCAUCACUGCACUGGAGGAGGAGAUGGCUUUGGAGGACAUACCUGUCCUUCAUAGAUGCAAGAGAACACUAGCAAGAGUCAAUUGUCAGAUUGAAGAUUGUCAGGUUGAAGAUGGGAUGGGGAGACUGACUCCUGGAGUGCUCAUAGAUGUGGCCAAAUAUGUGGGCUCUUUGGCCUUCCAUGUGUGGGAGAAGAUGCGCAAAUUAGCCAAAUACACCCCGGUCACUCUGGAUCCCAACACGGCGGCCCCCUGGCUCGUGCUGUCAGACGACCUAACCAGCGUCCACGACAGUGACGAGAAGCAGAAGCUGCCCGACAACCCGGAGAGGUUCGACCCUGACACGGCUGUCCUGGGCCGCUGGGGCCUGGGCUCCGGCCAGCAUGCCUGGGUGGUGAACGUGGGAGAUAACACGGCCUGGGUCGUGGGCGUAGCUAAAGAGUCUGUCAAAAGGAAAGAGAAAGUGUCUUCGGUCCUGAGUAAUGGCUACCUGUGCGUGUACUACUAUCACAAGAUGUACUUUGCCGGUACCUCCCCUUUGACGCGGCUCAACUUGAAAAACGCUCCACAGAAGAUCAGGGUGCAGCUGGACUGUGACAAGGGGAAGGUGUCCUUCUUCGAUCCACAUAGCAACACAAACAUCUACACGUUCAAGCACGCCUUCACCGAGGCCGUCUUUCCUUACCUCUGGGUGGGAUGCCAGGAUUGUCCUCUAACAGUUGAGCCAACUGAAGUUUCUUUAACUUUUGGGGAGAAUCGUUAAGAGUCCACCUCAGCUCUGGUUAUUUUUCAUCUUAAAAUGAAUCAAAUAAGAAAAAUUUAAACAAAAAACUAUUUUUGAGUUGUUGAUGAACUUUCACCUGGAUUUGUAAUGCUAAAAAUAGAUCAGGUGAAAGGUGAUAUAUAUGAAAACAUAUCUUUGUGCUACUACUAAAUAUUCCUUGCUGUUCUUUAGCCUGAUCGUGUUAAUAAGGACUGACUUGUGGAAAACACUAAAUAAACUAGUAGUAAAUUCUAAUAGUUUGCAGAUGAUUUUUGUGUUUUUUCCUGUUGGGUGACAUUUUAUUUUUCAGUUUUACACAUUAAUCACUAAACAUUAAACACAUUGAGCACUAAACAAUUAAAAAAUGAGUAUUUUGUCUGUUUUAACAGAUAAAUUAAACCCUCUUGGUCUCAGAAGUUUAUAUUACUCUUUCUAACAGAAUCAACAGUUUACUUCUAUGUGCCACUUUUCCUGUUUACUUUUUCAAUCCCUAAAACAUUUAAUUCUGAUUCAAAAGUGAACUUCCAUACUCCACCGUCUUCCAUUACUUC